CACCUUUUGAUAGACUUUAGGUGAUUACUUAUUUCGCGUGAAGUGGAGGUAUUUGUAUGGGCUUCUAAUUUCGUAAGUGUUUUGGACAUUGAUGAAUUCUGUUCAAGAUUUUCCUGUGAAUUCUUUGUUUUGCUCCUGUCUUUACUCCUAGUCAGGGAUUUACUCAAUCGAUGGUAGCAGAUAUAACAGUAGAUUUUCCCGUUUUUUAUCCUAACUGAUGUCUCGUUUUGUCCAUCACCAAGUUGAAUUCCACACCGGGAGCAGUUGAAACAAGAGAGAUGGUAGAAAAGUCCCAGCUCUUCAAUAAUCAUUAAAUCACUUGACCCUAAUUGUUGAUUACAACCUGCGCAGUUGUACCAGGUGCCAAUCACAUUGACUCGAGAUUGUCUAUUUGAUGCCAUAUUCUGUUUUCGGAGGGCUGGGUCACUGGGAAUUCUUUUAGAAGCCGGUUUCAACUUCUUGUGCAUACGUUGCUCACUUUCUCUUUUUUCAUUUAGUCUCAUUGAUGAAUUUGUGAAAGUAUUUGCAGGUUGUUUUCCCUCUUCAAUUCCUAUUGGCGGCAACAGCACGGUUUCGGGAUUUCUCACCUCUGGUUUCUCAAUACCAAUUUCUGAUUUAGAGAAGUGAAGUGUUUCACAAUUUGAGUAUCUCAACACUUCAUUAGCUUUCAUACUCGGGAGGAGUUUCGUAUCAACCUCCUCAUAAGGUUUUCUCCCCUCUACUUCCACUUGAGGUGUAUUUAAUGGUUGAUGUGGUAUUUCAGCGCCUGAAUCAAUAUCACUUGUAUCUUUGGGUCGACAAUCUAAUCCCCCAUAAAUAUUCAGUUCACUCCUCCAACCGUACCCAAUUGAAGUAGGUGAUUUAACAAGCGCCCCUUUGUCGGCAAUAUUUAUAUUACUACCAUGCUGAAUAUAAUCUCGUCGGUAGGUAUCCAUAUCACUUCUCAGUAAAUCAUUCGAACUGCUAGCCUUUUUCGUUGAAAGUGCACAGUUGUUAGGAGUUGAAUUCAACACGGAUUUGCUGGACGUAUUGUCGAUAACAAUCUUAGGAUAUCUAUACUGAUAUUGAAGAUUCGAUGUUUCCAUAGAUGGAGGAGGUGGAAGUGGUGUGAUAAUCGAUAACUGUUGAUCGAUAGAGCUGCUGGUUGGAAUAAGUGGAGGUGUAGGUGGGGGUUUGAUAGUGCCUAUUGAUGGGGGAGAUUCCGAUGGUGUCGCAAGUAAACUAUCUGAAGAUCCAGGCUCCGGCGGAGGUGGAAUGUUUGAAGGCCCAAAUGCUGGCGAAUAGGAUCGGUUAAUGUGAAUCUGUGAUACCGGUCGUUGGUUUCUCUUUUGAGAGUAACUUCCCCUGCUAUCUUCCAAAGUAUCCUGUGUAAUAGCAGUUUCAACUGUUAAAGAGUUGACAGACUCGAUAACUGGAUGAGGUGGUUCAUAAUUACUCAUCACUGUAGAGGCUUUAGUAGACAUAUCCUUUCUUGAAGGACUGGACGAUGUGAGAUAAAGGUCUUCAUAUUUCAACUUACCUUGCUCUGUAGCGGGGACGAUUAACUCAGUUCUGUUAGUGGGUUGAGGCUUUUGCGGUUCAGGUGAAUUAGUGCUGUUGCUUCUUUCAGUUGUCCCUAUUUUGAGAUGCUUGUUUUCUUCAAUUUUUGAGGGAGAAGAACCAUUGGGCAAGGAGGCAUCUUUCUUCAUUUCAACCAUUGUUGUUGUUGUUGUUGAAGUUUCAUUAGUUCGUACCCGAUCAGUAGGUGUUUGUGAUAUUUUCGCUUUGUCUAAAAAAUUACAUACCCACAAAGAUCAACUCCUUAACCACUUCCUAUUUACGCAAAACCAAGCAUAUUUGGCAUAA